AGGUGCCGAGGGAAGGAAGGAAGGAAGGAAGGAAGGCAUAGACAUAUGUGUCGAGUAGAGUAGCUUCUAUUUACAGCACUUUAAAUAAAUAGGAUGGGUUUCAGGUACUUUGAGGGGCAAUGCAUGCUUAUUUUUGUGUACACGGUGAUGCGGGGUAACCUUGGUACGGAUGCAAACUAAGGGGAGGAGUUAAGUGACCAAAUAAGGAGAAGCGGCCAUGCCAGCGCUGCAGGUGCUGUGCAGUUUGAUUGGCUGGCUGGGUCUCUACAUGGCGUUCUGCCGGGUCUCUCCUCAGCGGGGGCCCGAGUGGAACUGCCGCAUGGUCACGCUGUCCCACGGCGUGGUCAUCGUCCUGCUGACGGCGUACGUCAUCUUCAUAGACGGACCCUGGCCCCUCACACACGCAGGUACGGCAAACACACCGCUCCAGACAUGGGCCCUGUCCGUCUGCCUCGGCUACUUCCUCUUCGACAUUGGCUGGUGCGUGUGCUUCGGCACAGAGGGCUCCGUCAUGCUGGCCCACCACGCUGCCAGCAUCACGGGCAUCCUUCUGGCGCUGCUGAUGGGCGUGUCGGCCUGCGAGACCUGUGCCGUGAUCUUUGGCAGCGAGGUCACCAACCCCCUGCUGCAGACGCGCUGGUUCCUGCGUCGCCUGGACCGCUACGACAGCCUGCUGGGUGACGCCGUGGACCUGCUUUUUAUCUUUUUGUUCGCCACUGUUCGCGUGGGUGUGGGCACGGCCAUGUUUUACCACGAGCUGACCUCGCCCAGAACAACGGAGGUCAUGAAGCUCGGUGGUGUGGUCAUGUAUGGACUGGCGUGGGUGUUCAUGGUGGACAUCGCCAGAUUCGGCUAUAAGAAAAGUCGUGUUAGGUACAAGCAGUGGCGGGAAAAGCACAAGGAGGUCAGCAUGGAUGGACAACAUUUAGACAAGAGCAAAGAUAGUAGACUGGACAAUUCAGCAGUGGACAAAGACUGACUGUUGGUCACACUGCCAUCUGCAGGCACUGGGAGAAACUGCAAUUGCAUUGUCCCACAUUAUCAUGUAAUUAAUAAAUCUUGUGUCUUGUGAUUGGCUGGCGACCAGUCCAGGGUGUAUGAAGACAGCUGGGAUAGGCUCCAGCACCCUCCACGACCCUCGUGAGGACAAGCGGUAGAAAAUGAAUGAAUGUCACUUGUAUAUAUUUGUAUAUAUUUGUAUAUGUAUACUUUGUACAAAAGUAUACAACCACUUGUCCUACUGUAACCUAAGAAAAAAGUUUUAAAAAUAUAUUGUAUUUUACUUUUUUUUACACAAUAUUUCUAUUUUACAUAUAUAGAUUUUUCAGAAUUUAAAAAAUUGCUCCCAUAAAAUAAAUUAUUUACACAAUAUUACAACUUCUUUGAGCAAUACAGCUGUAAUUUCAUGAAAUUACGCCAGCCAAUCGCAGGACACAUAUAGACAAACAACCAUUCACACUCACAUUCAUACCUAUGGACAAUUUGGAGUGGCCAAUUAACCGAGCAUGUUUUUGGAAUGUGGGAGGAAACCGGAGAAAAUAGAAGACUAUUGUAGUGAAAUUAAAACAUGGUUCUAAUUACAGUCUUAUGUUAUGACUUUGUCAAAUUCUGACUUAAAAUUAUGCAGAAAUAAAAUAAAAUGCCAACAAGA